GGGUGGAUCAUGGGGAGAAAGAGCAUGUGGAGUAGCUCUGUGGAACUGGGUGCAAGCUGUUGCCCACUUGCCAUUGUUGUUUGUGUGGGCUGACAAGAGACUGGCUCUGCUUUAAGCCCAUUACAUAAUCUUGUGGUGGAGCAUUAUUUACCUGGGACCGGGGUUAAAAUCUGCUUGGUGGGGUUCUGUGAGCCAUGAAGGGAGAGCAUUUUUUUGCCAACAUGAGAAGUGCUCCAUUCCUCCAGCGGGUCUACCUCCUAGGAGGGGAGGAGCUGGUCGUCCUGCAGUGCACUGUGGGAGAGUCCUCACUGGGAGACAGUUUCCAACAAAUCACUGACUUCAAUGAUCUCCCCACAUCCCUCUUCGCCUGCAACGUGGACCAAUCAGUAUUUGAGGACCAGGAGGGCAAGGAAAUGUUUGAGGCACUCUUCCUUGUGUACGACGAAGGUGUGACGUUCCAGCAGUUUAAGAGCUUUCGACGUGUACGAAUCAACUUUAGUAACCCCAAAGCAGCAGCCAGUGCCAGGAUAGAGCUACACGAGACACCUUUUAUAGGGAAAAAACUCAAACUUUACUUUGCCCAGGUGCAGAACCCAGCAUCCGAAGGAGACAAUUUGCACCUGGCUCCUCCCCAGCCUUCGAAACAGUUCCUCAUCUCCCCACCUGGCUCACCUCCAGUCGGCUGGCAACAGAUUGAUGAAGCCACACCUGUUAUUAACUACGACCUGCUGUAUGCAGUUGCUAAGCUUGGCCCAGGUGAGAAAUUUGAGCUUCAUGCCGGCACAGAGUCUACGCCAAGCGUGGUGGUCCACGUUUGUGACAGCGACACAGACGAGGAGGAGGAACCAAAAAACAACCCUAAACCAAAAAUCAUCCAGACCCGACGCCCAGACCUGCCUGUCUCAAACUGAACUCUACAGGUCCAACAGAGAGUCAGGAGGAUUUGUACCCUUCCCAUCUCCAUAACAGGACCUCUGCCACCCUUCCUCCUAACCAUGUCAAGCAAACAACCAGGGUCUCGGGGACUCUGAUCUGUGUUUCUUGUUCAGCCCACAUACACCGAUCAGCCACAACAUUAAAACCACCUGCCUAAUAUUGUGUAAGUCCCUCUCGCGCUGCCAAAACAGCACCUACCCACAUCUCAAAAUAGAUCUCAGAGUAAAUUCUCUUGUAUGUGAAAAUCCCAGGAGAUCAGCAGUUACAUAAAUACUCAAACCAGCCCAUCUGGCACACAACAAUCUCUAGAGUUUACACAGAAUGGUGCCAAAUACAAAAAACAUCCAGUGAGUGGCAGUUCUGUGGACGGAAAUGCCUUGUUGAUGAGAGAGGUCCACAGAGAAUGGCUAGACUGAUUCGAACUGGCCAAGUCUACGGUAUCUCAGAUAACCGCUCUGUACAUUUGUGGUGAGAAGAAUAUCAUCUCAGAAUGCUGUUCUGAGGUGCGGGUUGGUGCUGUUUUGGCGACACAAGGGGGGCCUACACGAUAUUAGGCAGGUGGUUUUAAUGUUGUGGGUGUUCAGUGUAUAUGCAAUCUUCACUGUACUGUCACAAUUCUUUUUUAUGUUGGCAAUACUCUGUGUUACAUUUGGCCAUUCUCUGUCCCUCUCUCUCUCAAUCUUACUGUAAUAUUAGCUGGCCACCAGUUAGAGGCAGCAUGGAACCGUCCUGGCUCUCUCUUCUACGUCUCCGAUUGGCUCCUGGGCCGUGGCACAUGCUAGUGUCAGAUGUGCCUGUUGGCUGAUAGCUGGCCAUUUUGCUUAGCAUUUACACCACAACUACCAUUUGUACCCAGUAAGCCAUUAAUAGUACGAUCUACAUAAGGGCAUGCUAGCCACUAAAUGUGGCCAAACACCAGCGCAGCAUGUGGCACAAUAAACCCUUAGAAACAUAUAUUGCCUAAUGAUUGUUUGUCCAAAAACCCUAUGUUAUAUUACUGACUUUGCGUAGCAAAGAUUGCAUUCAACCACAGGAACCGUUCCCAUCAUGCCAGUGCAUGUUCUGGUAGCAAACUAUAUUUAGUUUUUAUUUCCUGCUGUAUAAUUGUCUGUAUGUCUUGCUGACAGUGUUCUCACAGAAAAACGAUGCUUUCUUUCCAACAAUGAGCUGAAAUUUUUAUUAUAUACCCAUGCACCUUUCAGAACCUUUGUGAGUUGCUUCUUCUAUGACUUCUCCUCAAUGUGAAUCUUUUAUUAUGUGUUUGAUCCCUGAUGCCCUUUUCAGAUGGAAACUGUUAAAUGACAAAAUAACUUUUUAUUUGCGUAAACACUCUUUACAGAUGAUGCAUCAAAUAGCAAUCAAAUAUAAUUUAAUGACGUCUGUGAUGUGCAUGGUUACUUGUUUCUAGAGUUAAAUGUAGUUGUCAGAUUACAUCCAUCCAUGGGUUUCCUCGUAGUCUGUGAGAUUUCAUUCACGUGCAAGUUCAUAUAAAAAAAUAAAAAUAAAAAUGCAUGAUGCUGUUACAUUAGGCUAUUAAGUUUGAGUAAGACAGAUCUUCCAAGUGCUAUUACACAGUGGGUCACCAAUAACAAAUGUUAAAAAGGAGGGUGAUGUCAACUUUUCUUUUUCAACCAAUAUAUUUUGGUGUGCCUACAUCAUUUACGGAUUAUCUAAAAUAAAUAUAUAGAUUUAUGUAACUACAGUACAUACAUGAAAGCAUGUACCUCUGUCAGCUCUGCAAAAAAAUAUAGUGAUAGAUUUGAGACACAUAGGUACUAUACAACCAUGUAGUCAGCAAACACACCACAAAAAGCAUCAGACUAAGAAAACAGUUAUUUACAGUAUAAAGGAUGUAUAUUUAAUUAUUUUAAACUUCUUCAAGACUAUAAAUGACUCCUAUCCCAGACAAUACAUCAACACUGUGAUGUGUGAUUACUGUGAUACUUGAUUGACACACUACGCUUAAGUAUUAUGUACAUGAGUAUGUUGGUUUUGUAACUUUAAGGAGGUUAUCAGGCUUACGUGUCUGUUGUUCAGUGCGCAUGAUGUGUUAAGGGUGGUAGCCACAGUGUCGACUUUCCUAAUCUGUUCAUCGUGUUUCCCCAAAUCUGUUGAAUUGCUCCUUCAGUCAAAAUGCUGUUUGGUUGCCAGUUAUUUGUCAGUGUCCUUUAGCCUAAAAGAAUGUAGAAAUAAUAUAUCCCAUCCCACUGUGUUCACGCUUUGCAGUUUUACUGAAGCAGUUCUGGAAAUAGGGUACUUACUGUUCUAUUAUGACAUCACAGUCUGCAUUGUGGCACAGCUCUUUCAUUAUGCUACUGCAACCUCAAGCCUUAUUUGAUUUAGCGCUUACAAUUUAAGUAACGUUCAGGUUAGCAAUGCACACUCUGGCCGGCAGAUAUUGGAUCAGAACAUGUAAAUAUGAUAAAUGUGUAAAAGAAAGGGACGAGAGCAAUAUAACAUAACUGAUACCUACGGUCCACUGCCUUGGAAUUUGCCCUUCCAUUUCGUUUUGCCUACUUUUUGAUCAGCUCUUCCCAUAGGCUCUUCUCAUGAUCAACAAAUUCUGUUGCUGUCUCACAUGCUGCCAGCCUUCCUGUCAUGUAAUUAAGAUUUUUGUAUUGUUCUGUAUUGCAAUUUCUUAUUCACACAAAUGUACACUGUAUUUCCUUUUUUUUUUCAUGUACUCCCGAAGACAUUAUAUUAUCUGUUCUGGAGUUAGUGUCACUGAUGUUGGGAAACAAUAUCUGUAUUGUGUGUUACUUGUGCAAGACCAUUGGUGUACUUGUCAUCUUGUACGUCCUGCCUGCCGACACUAAAGGAGACAUAUCUGUAUAUAUUAAUCAAUAAUAUUUUUACUGCAUUUUUGUACAAAUAUUCAUGGUAGCCAUGUACAAGUAGUUGAGAUGAUUCUUUGUUAGUAUU